AUGGCUUCGCGAGCUCCCUUGAGGUGUCUCGCUAGGCCUGCACGGCAAAUAACGCAACGGACUCGGCCACGAUUCCCGCUUCGAACCGGAGCCGCCAUUUUCACAGCUUCAUCUCCUUCUUCAAUCCGGCUCUACCCGGCCCUCACAGCCGCGGCUUCUCGUACCUUUUCCACCACCCGACCUCGGAGGGAUGACGACGACGACGAGCCCUUCGACCCCGCGACGAUCGAGCGUGAAUCCGAUGAGGUGGACGUGUGUAUAGUGGGUGGCGGACCGGCCGGUCUGUCGGCGGCCAUCCGGCUCAAGCAAAUGGCCAACGAGGCCGGCAACGAGGACUUUAGGGUGUUACUCCUGGAGAAGGCCGGCGAGAUCGGCGCGCACAUCCUGUCGGGCGCCGUGAUACAGCCCACGGCCAUGGAGGAGCUGUUCCCGGAUUGGCUGGACGAGGCGAACCCCGACAGGUUUGAGUUCGCGACGCCCGCCGAGGAGGAGCACAUGCGGUUCCUCACCAAGACGAUGGCGAUACCGCUGCCCAUGCCGCCGCAGAUGAAUAACCACGGCAAUUACAUCGUCAGCUUGAACCAGGUGACGAAGUGGCUGGGCGAGCGCGCCGAGGAACUCGGGGUUGAGAUAUACCCCGGUUUCGCCGCCGCCGAGGUGCUCUACCACCCCGACGGCACGGUCAAGGGUGUGGCUACGAACGAUGUCGGCAUUGGCAGGAAUGGAAAGCCUAAGGAUUCGUUUGAGAGGGGUAUGGAGUUCCACGCUAGGGUGACCCUCUUCGGUGAGGGUUGCCACGGUAGCUUGACGAAGCAGGUCAUCAAGAAGUUUGACCUCCGACGGGACUGCCAGCACCAGACGUACGCUCUCGGCAUAAAAGAGGUGUGGGAGGUGGAGCCCGAGAGGUUCAAGAAGGGCAGUGUCACCCACUCCAUGGGAUACCCCUUAUCCAAGGACGUUUACGGCGGAGCCUUUAUGUACCACUUCGGCGACAACCUUGUGACCCUCGGUCUCGUGGUGGCUCUAGAUUACGCGAACCCAUGGAUUUCCCCUUACCAGGAGUUCCAGAAGUUGAAGCUGCACCCCACCUACAAGUCCGUCCUCGAGGGUGGCAAGUGCAUCUCCUACGGCGCCAGGGCCCUCGUCGAGGGCGGUCUGCAGUCGAUCCCCAAGGUGAUCUUCCCCGGCGGCGCGCUCAUCGGUGACUCUGCGGGCUUCAUGAACGUCCCCAAGGUCAAGGGUACGCACAACGCCAUGAAGUCCGGAAUCCUUGCCGCCGAGGCCACAUACGCGGCUCUCUCCGAGGGCGACGAGAGCGGCGUGUACCUCUUCCAGUACGAGGACACGCUCAAGAAGUCGAGCAUCUACAAGGAGCUCAAGGAGGUGCGCAACAUGCGACCCUCGUUCCAUAACCCGCUCGGCCUCUACGGCGGCGUCGCGUACUCCGGCCUCGAGGCCUUCGUCUUCAAGGGACGCACGCCCUGGACGCUCAAGCAUAAGAAGCCCGAUUACGCGUCGACGAGGCCGGCGGACCAGUUCCCUAAGAUCGAGUACGAGAAGCCCGAUGGCAAGAUUACCUUUGAUAUCCUCACAAGCGUGUCCCGCACGGGUACCAACCAUGAGGAAGAUCAGCCUGUUCACUUGCAAGUGAAGGAUUGGGAUGCGCAUGCUAAGGCGGCGUAUCCGCCUUUCAAGGGCAUGGAGGCACGGUUCUGUCCCGCGGGUGUGUACGAGUAUAUCGAGGACGAGUCGAAGGAGCUAGGUGUUCGGUUCCAGAUUAACUCGCAAAACUGUAUCCACUGCAAGACAUGUGAUAUCAAGGCUCCUCAACAAGAUAUCAACUGGACCGUGCCUCAAGGAGGUGAGGGCCCCAAGUACUACUUGACAUAA